UGCUUCUUCCGGAACGAGUUUCCAGACGGACCGGAAACUUCAGGCGGACAAACAGACUGAAAACAGGUUGAACUCGUUUUGGGAUUUUUCUCGGACAUGUCUCAGAAUGCGCUGAGGAGAUUAGCUACAGGAUAUUGUAGUUAUAACAGAUUUGUGAAUAGCACGACAUUUCUGCGACCGCUUCAGAUUUGGGAGAGAAACUUGUCCGGUUCCGGUGGCGUGAAGGACGCUGGGAAAAAGCCGUUCGACGUUUCUUUACUCGAGUUUCUUGUGUGUCCUCUGUCUAAGAAACCUCUCAGAUACGAGGAAACAACGAAUGAACUAAUCAACGAAGAGCUUGGCAUUGCGUAUCCCAUACUAGAUGGCAUCCCGAAUAUGAUUCCUCAGGAUGCACGUCUGAUCAAGGAGACUGUAGGAGCUGAAAAACCGGCUCAGUCUUAAACGGCGUGUUUUCUGUCUGCUCACACACACACACACACACACACACACACACACACACACACA